AAGUACAUUAUCAUCAUUUCAAGAAACAGAGAGAGACUAAUGGCGCAAAAACCACGAACGGUGAUCUGCGUCGGAGACAUCCAUGGAUACAUAUCAAAGCUCAAUAACCUCUGGCUUAAUCUCCAAUCUGCCAUCGACCCAUCAGAUUUCAGCUCAGCUCUCGUCAUAUUCCUUGGCGAUUACUGCGAUCGUGGACCGGAGACUCGAAAAGUCAUCGAUUUCUUAAUCUCUCUGCCGGAGAAACAUCCCGAUCAAACUCAUGUCUUUCUCGCCGGGAACCAUGACUUUGCCUUCUCUGGGUUCUUAGGUUUGUUGCCUCGUCCUUCAGAUGGAUCUGAUUUGAAGGAUACGUGGAAGGAGUACUCAAAAAGUGAGGAGACAGAAGGAUGGUAUACAGGUGAAGGGUUCGAAGAUAUGCAUCUUCAAGGUAGAAGAUGGGCUGGUAAAAUUAAGGCUACGUUCAAUUCUGUGAAAGGGAUGGCUUAUAAAGGAUCGAUUUACGAUGCUGGAUCGACUUUUGAAUCUUAUGGCGUUCCACAUGGAUCUUCUGAUUUGAUGAAGGCAGUACCUGAGAGUCACAAGAAGUUCUUGACCAAUAUGGUAUGGGUUCAUGAAGAGGACGAUGUUUGUAUAGAAACAGAGGAAGGGCUUAAGCAUUGUAAGUUGAUCGCCGUACAUGCUGGUUUAGAGAAAGGGAAUAACGUAGAAGAACAACUGAAGCUUUUGAGAGCUAAAGACACUAGCAUCUCAAAAAUACAACAUCUAAGUGGUAGGAAAAACGUUUGGGACAUCCCACAGGUAAGGCAUCGAAAGAAUCAAACUUUGUGUUAAGAUCUUCCUUAGUUUUUGAAAUCUCUUUCUCUGAAACAUUCUUCAGGAGCUGGAUGAUAAACAUACUGUUGUUGUUAGCGGGCACCAUGGAAAACUUCACAUCGAUGGUAUGAGAUUGAUCAUCGAUGAAGGCGGUGGAUUCCCGGAUAAACCAGUGGCAGCAAUUGUUCUUCCUUCCAAGAAGAUUAUCCGUGACACCGAUAAUUUGUCUAGUUAAGUUUUUCUCAUCUACUAUUGUACCAAAGUCAAUUUUGAUUUCAAAAUAAAUGUAGUAAGGUUUAGCACUAAAUUGAAUUUACUUUUCUUACAAAGAAAAUAAAUGGGCCUCUGAAAGAGUAAGCCCAGAUUUUGGAAGCGGUCUAGUGGUGUAAUGUAGCUCGAAAUCUUUUGGGUUGUUCAAAAAAGCCCAAACAAAACAUGCUAUAAUCCAUUUUUAAUCGAAAUUAUUUUUCCGCAA